AUCCGGGUUCCCGGAUGCAGGGACGUUGGAGUCGGGUAUAAAGGGAUCGUGGAAGGCGGGAGUAGACGCAGUUUUGAAUCGGAAGCCGCCGCUAAAGAAUUGGGAGGGGAAAGGUGUCCAUUCAACGUCUGUGAAGCGCCUUCCAGGACGAAAAGCAAGCCUCCUUCAAGAUGGCUGGCGGCAAAGCUGGGAAAGACUCCGGCAAGACUAAGACCAAAACUGUGUCCCGUUCGCAAAGGGCUGGCUUACAGUUUCCGGUGGGUCGUAUUCACCGGCAUCUAAAAUCAAGGACUACCAGUCAUGGACGUGUGGGAGCUACAGCUGCUGUGUAUAGUGCUGCUAUCUUGGAGUACCUCACAGCUGAGGUACUUGAAUUAGCAGGAAAUGCAUCCAAAGACUUGAAGGUGAAACGAAUCACUCCCCGUCACUUACAACUUGCAAUAAGGGGUGAUGAAGAACUGGAUUCCCUAAUCAAAGCAACAAUUGCUGGUGGAGGUGUAAUUCCACAUAUCCAUAAGUCUCUCAUUGGAAAGAAAGGACAGCAGAAAACAGUGUAAAGGAGGAACAUGGGAUUCCUUAUUAACUUGGGACUCUUAAAUGCUCAGUUGUCCAGUGUUGGUGGAUUUCCAGUGGACUGCAUCUGUGAAACACUUUUUGCCUUUCUGUAACCUUGAAGCUGGAGCCCAUCAAGCUUUCUAACAAACCAAAAUUCUAUAUUUGAAGUCUUAACCUUAUUUAAGUGUUACAUGGCUUCAGAGAAGCUGUUGUCGUGGUUCUUGACUGUUUUAGAUAUGUUGGAUUUUAAUGAAAUUCUUGACAUUGUUGCUCAUUUUUUAUGCUUGAAGUUGCUUUACUCAGUUAAAAUUUAACUACAAAGGAUUGGCACAAGCAUUUCUAUGAAAUAAUUAAACACAACUUGAGGUAUUAAAAUGCUGUUGCUGCUGUCAAUCUCUUGUAGUUAAAUAACAACCAUUCUGACAAGCAGAAACAGACCUUAUUCCAUUCUGGUCAAUGAGUUCAAUAAAUGUUACAUUAUUACAUUUUUAUCAUUUUAUUCAUGUCUUUAAGAAAUGGAAUUGCAGUUACUGUACUGUAAUGUGCAUAGACUAGUUCCUAACACAGACCAAUGAUAUAACCAAAGGAAAGCUAAGGUAAAUAGGUGCAAGAAGCGGACAGCAUUGGUGCAGCAAUACCGUAGUAAUUGCUAAUCAUGUAGGUACUUGGUACGGUAAUCUGUAUUUAUUUGCAGUUGGCCAAUUAACACAGGGAAGUGUUCAUGUACAGCAUAUGCUCAAAGGGGGAACAAUGGUUGAUUCCAUUUGGUCUCAAAGUGGGAAUGAAUAAUUGGUCUCUAUAAAAGGGGUAGGCAGAUGUAGGCAGAACAACCUGCUACCCUUCAAGCAGAUUCUUAUGCUUAAUCUACUAUCUCCAAAGAGCCAACUACUGUACUAGAUGUAUUUUACAUUUAUGUUUACAUUUUUUUAUUCCAGAGAUGGGGCUGUUUAAAGUGAUUUUUAAAAAACCCUGACAUUUUCUAAUUACACGCCUAAUUAGAAACCAGCAGUUUCCAUGCUGUGCUUCCUCCUUACUCUUCAGGGUUUCCCAAAGUUGGGUCUCCAUUAGUUUUUGGACUACAGUUCCCAUCAUCCCUGACCACUGGUCCUGCUGGAAGGUAGCUUCCUAUCCUAGCAUCACCAUUACAUUCUGUCCCCCAACAUUUCCACUGGACUGAUUUGGACUUCUUGGGGUCUUUCUAAGAGGUUUGUUUUGUACUUCUGUGAAGCUUGGCCUCCUGGAGUGGAUUGUGCAAGUUUAGCUACAUGAGUUUUUGUGCCUACUAAAGCACAGAAAAUAUUUCAGAGUGCACUUGAGUGACAGUUGCCUUAAGCCUGCAUGGCGCUGAAAAGCAGGUGCAGGAUGGGUUGGUGAAUAUUACCGAUUUCUUACACCACCAUGAGGCACCAGGGUGAGUUACAAUUUAAAAACAGCAAUAAAUCCAUGUAGUGUGAGUUGGGAGUCCAACAUCUGGAGGGCCACGGUUUCCCAAUCCCUGUUGCACAUCCUAAAAAACUAGAUGUGGUCCUCUUAACAUCUCACAUUUUCAGGAAGGGGAGAUCUAAUUCAGCUUGUCAUAAAGCCACAGCUCUGGUCUAAUACACAAG